CUUUAAGAGCCGGGACUGCUCAGUGCCUCGAUCCAGGGAAGCAGCUGUGGUCGGAAAGUUUGGAGUAGCGCCAGGAUCCGCGUAAUCGGGACACGUCCCUACUUUUCGCAGCCUGUUUGUAGGAGGUAGGAUCCGUGCGAAGAGAGAAAGGAAAAGAGUCCGCUGCGCGGUCACAGGACCCUCGCACCGCUCCCGCGAUCCGCAAACGGGAGAGACGUAGAGCGGAUCCACGGCUCCCAGGACUAAAGAGUCAGGGGACGAGACGGCGAGAGAUCCUGUGGGGAACCGAGCGAGACUCCAGGCGAGUAGUCGCUCCAGUAGCGUCGGGAACGAUGGCACAGCAAUGGCUUUGGAUCUGUCUGUGUCUCCUGGCCGGAGCACUCAACCCGACAACCGGAGGUGAAUUCAGCCUUGAGGGCUGGCUCCAGCAGUACGGAUACCUGCCGCCAGGGGACCUGCGGAUGUCAAUGGCCCGCUCGUCGAACACGGUCUCCCAGGCAGUCGCCGCCAUGCAGCGGUUCUACGGGAUCCCCGAAACCGGCCGCCUAGACCAGACGACCCUGGAGUGGAUGAAGAAACCCCGUUGUGGAGUCCCGGACAAGUUUGGGCCCAUCAUGAAGAGCAGCGUGCGACGGCGGCGGUUCGCCAUCCAGGGGCUGAAGUGGAACCAGCGGGAGAUAACCUUCAGCAUCCAGAACUACACGCCGAAGGUGGGUGAGUACGAGACCCGUCAGGCGAUCCGCCGCGCCUUCAGCGUCUGGCAGAUGGUGACGCCCCUCCGCUUCCGAGAGGUUCCCUACCAGAGGAUCCAGGACCGCUCCGAGCCUGUCGCUGACAUCAUCAUCUUCUUUGGCGAGGGUUUCCACGGCGACAGCACCCCUUUCGAUGGCGAGGGGGGCUUCCUCGCCCAUGCCUUCUUCCCGGGAGCCGGUAUUGGGGGUGACACCCACUUCGACGCUGCUGAACCCUGGACCCUGGGUGACCGUGACCUCAUGGGGAACGACAUUUUCUUGGUGGCCGUGCACGAGCUGGGCCACGCCCUGGGCCUGGAACACUCCAAUGACCCCAGCGCCAUCAUGGCUCCCUUCUACCAGUGGAUGGACACGGAGAACUUUGUACUGCCCGACGACGACCGGCGAGGGAUUCAGCAACUGUAUGGACCUCCUGACUAUGAUCCCAGACCGAAGCCCACCAAACCACUCCCCACCCUGCGCCCAAAGGUGCCCAGGCAACCCACCAAGGAUCCCUUCCAUCCGACGAAGCCCUCAAAUCCUUUCAGACCCAGGAUCUGUGACGGCAACGUUGACACGGUCACAAUGCUUCGGGGAGAAAUGUUUGUCUUCAAGGGCAAAUGGUUCUGGAGGAUCCGAGACGGAAGGGUUCUGGACAACUACCCCAUGCCCAUUGGCCACUUCUGGGUGGGUCUACCAUCCAACAUCAACACCGCCUAUGAAAGAAAGGAUGGCAACUUUGUCUUCUUCAAAGGAGAUCGUCACUGGGUGUUUAAGGAGGCCACCCUACAGCGGGGAUACCCCCGCCCACUGAAGGACCUGGGCACCCGGGUUCCACGGGACCGGGUUGACGCUGCGCUUUGGUGGAGCCCCAGUGGGAAGACCUACUUCUUCCGCGGUGACAAGUACUACCGAUUUAACGAGGACACCCUGUCCGUAGAUGCGGACUAUCCCAAACCCAUUUCCGUCUGGCACGGCAUUCCCAACUCCCCGAAAGCGGCCUUUGUCUCCGAGGAUGGAGCUUACACCUACUUCGUAAAGGGGAACCACUACUGGAAGUUCAACAACCAGCACCUAAAGGUGGAGCCGGGCUUCCCCAAGUCGAUGCUGCGGGAUUGGUUUGGUUGCAAGCUGCCCCGUGACCGGGACACGGAGGAGGAGAUCGUGGUUGAGGUGGAGGAGUCCGGAGUGGAGAUAAACCCAGCGGCUGUGGUGGUGCCAGUACUCCUGCUGAUUGCUGUCCUAGGGCUGGUUGCCCUGCUUGUUGUCUUUAAGAGGAACGGCACCCCCAAGAAGCUACUGCAUUGCCAUCGCUCCCUGCUGGACCAGGUGUGAGGGGACGUCCCAGGUGGGAAUUCCCCAACUGCUUCCAGACCCGAUUGUCUGACACCCAUCACACCCUGUCCCACACAAACCCGUCCCCCACACCCUGGCUGUCUUACACCGUCCCAUAGCCCAUCUGUCUCAUCUCCAAAACCUGACCAUCUCAUCCUGUCUCCCCCUGUCCCACCACAGACCCCGGCCAUCCUAACCCCAAACUCCAGACCCUGAGUGUCUAACAUCGUCCCACCCUGUCUUAUCCUGCCUUGCCCCAACCCCAAAACCCAAUCCAUCCCAAAUCAGAACCAUCUCACACCGUCUCCCAAGCCUUAACCCGUCACAGCCCCGGACCCCAGCUGUCCCUCCCUGUUGCACUCACAGUCACAAACCUGAUCCGUCCGCCUCACCUGCAGAUUUUGACCACCUAACACCAUCCCAGACCCUGGGCCACCUUUGCCCAACCUCCGAAUCCAAAUCCUCGCCAUCCUUUGCCCGUUCCAGCCGCGGACCCUGACACCCACCCAACUCCAAACCCCAACCGUCCUACGCUGUCCCGUGUCCUAGCUCCACACCCCCAGUCCCUCCUUGACCCAUCUCAUGGCAUGCCACAACAUCUCACACACCCAUUUCCGAACCCAUCCUACAGUCCCCACUGUCCUGGCCCCUGACUUGUCUUUCCCCCUGCCCCAUCUCACCCUCUUACAGAUACCCACCUCAUCAUAAUGUUACCCCCAUUCCCCUCUCCCCUCAUAUCACCCACCCACGGCCCCUCUCCCUACUGCUCUCAGCCUGUCCUGUCCCAUCCCUACACUUAACCUUCACACA